AUGGAGUGGAAGAUGGCUGCAGCAAUCCUGGACUACCCAGCUAGUGUAAGUAUUGACACAGUCAUGUGCAAUGCUGCGUUGGACGCCUACUCUCGGAUGGGCAAGUGGUUCUGGGCGUCUACUUUGUUCCACAGGAUGUGCGAUGUCCGCAAGUCCGUUGUGAAGCCUGACGAAAUCAGUUCCAGCACACUGCUCGCUGCAUGUGAGACGGCCUCCCUAUGGAAACCGCAGCUCGACGUCCUUAGUCUGUGCAGGAAUGCCAGACUGCCCCUGAGAGUUGGAGCAUUGAACAUUGUUCUUCGUUCGGGACUCGAUCGUGGUAUGAAAUGGGGGUGGUCGCUCAAAUUGCUGGAAGACAUGCAGAUGGGACCCAGCGGGGUUGAUGCCGGAAGCUUGAAAUCAACUGCGCAAGUAUGCGCGGAGGGCCACAGCUGGCAGCACAGUAUCGCUCUUUGCUCGCAGGGGAGAGAUGAGGAUGUUGAUGUGAGAGCUUUCGUUGCGACAACAUUGCCGGAAUCUUCAAAGUGGCAAGUGGGAUUGAGUGUCCAUGCACGGUCUGUAGAAUCAGUGCUUCCGGCACACCUGUGGUUGACGGCAGUGCGGCUGGUCGGUUCAUCCUGGAGAAUGCGACUUCGGACCAAGCUUGGUUGCAGCUCCGCUAUCAGCUGCUGUGGAAAGGCGCAGGCAUGGCUGGAAGCUCUCUUCAUUCUCAGAGCUGCGAGUGUGGGCAUGCGAAUCGACAUCGCUGUGUUGAACAGUGCCGUAACGGCCAGUGCGAGUGGUCGGGCGUGGCAGCUUGGGAUUUCCCUGCAGGACAGCAUGCAGCGGAUUACUCUCUCAAAGGACAGCUUCAGCAUGACUGCUGUACUCGGCUGCGUGGCUCAAGUUGCAAAGUGGGAGCUGGUCUUGAACCUGCGCAGGAGCUUCGGCAGUGACAGCUGCGGUCCCACUGAACUCAGUGCAGCGAUAAGCUGCUGCGAUGCCGGCAGAGAGUGGCUGACUGCUCUCCACCUCCUGCGUGCAGCUCCUGUUGCAGAUCUCGCAAGCUUCAGUGCUGCUGUGAGCGCAUGUGGAAAGCAGACAGAAUGGCAGCCGGCCUAUCUGCUUCUGCAUGGAGCCGAAACUGCGGCACUUCAACCGGAUGUCUUGAUCUAUGAUGCUGCCAUAGCCGCGUGUGCCGUAGCAGAAUCCAAUCCCUGCUCUUCGGCAGCCUCAUGCUCCUGUGAUCGUUGGGCUCUCGGAAGUCGUUUGCUUACCCUCAUGUCUGACAGCUGGAUAGCUGCAUCAGUGUUCAGCGCAACUGGCGCGAUGACGACUUUCGUCAGAGAUAGUCAGUGGAGCCUGGCGGUGAUGUUCCUUGCAGAGAUUUUGCAGAUGCGAGCGAUCACGAGCACACAUGCCGACCAAAGCAGCCGUUCAACGCUCCACAACGCUGCCAUUAGCGCAUGUGAGAAGGCUGGAGAAUGGCAGAUUGGGUGCCUGCUGCUGGAGAAGGCUGAGAUCAACAACUCGUCUCACAGGAUCGGCUAUCAUGCCGGCAUCAGUGCCCUAGACAAAGGCGGACAGUGGAAGCGGGCAUUCCAGAUGCUACAUCGAAUGCAGCUUUGCAGCUUCGCUGCUGAUCUCACGGGCCUCAAUGCCGCAAUCAGUUCAAUCCAGCGAUCAAGAGACCUUGAGCAUCUAGUCGAAGGAGCGUGGUGCCGCGCAUGUGCGGCGCUGGACAUUGCCAGCAGAAAAGCGCUUUGGGAUGAAAUCACAAUUAGCACAGUCGUCAGCGCAUGUGAAAAGUCUGGCACAUGGCAACAAGCUCUUGGACUGUUGUUGCGAGCUCCAUCUUGCCGUUCUCCCAUCGGUCAAAUUAUGAUGAAUGCGGCCGUCAGUGCCUGCGAGAAAGGGGAGUUGAGACGAUCAAACAUGACGUGA